AUGAGCGAUCAGACUAUUGAAGUGGGCACCAAGCGAGAUCAUCCGGAAGAAUCGCCCUUUGACCAUCUGAACAUUAGUGAUGACAGUAUACUGAAAUCCGCCACCGAUCGUCACAAGUGUUUGCGCUGUCAAAAGACUGUCAAGUACUUUUGCUACCGUUGUUUCGACGUCGUGGGCAUGGAUCGCUCCAGUGUGCCUUUUCUAAAGUUGCCCGUUCACUUGGAUGUCGUCAAGCACGAGCAAGAACUGGACGGCAAAUCUACGGCCAUCCAUGCCCGAGUGAUCGCCAACGAGGAUGUCGAUAUUUACAACUGGCAAUCCAUGCCCAAAUUAGAAAAUCCUGAACGCACCCUUCUACUAUUCCCCGGUCCCGACGCCAAAACCCUCAAAGAUAUUCCUCGCGACUCGUUUGACCGUGUCAUUGUGAUUGACGGGACAUGGAAACAAGCCAACAAAAUUGCUCGAGAAACUCCCGGCCUUCAAUCCCUGCAAAAGGUCACCAUCAGCCCUCGUGAAACUCAUUUUUGGCGAUAUCAACAAUUAAGCGAGCAUCACUUGGCGACCAUCGAAGCCAUUUACUAUUUUUAUCGAGAAUAUGCCGAAGCCUAUGAAACGACCACGGCUUAUGAUGGCCGGUACGAUAACUUGUUAUUCUAUUACCGCUUCUUUUACAAACUGAUCCAAGACCAUUAUCGAACCAAUUCCUCCAAACGGUUCACCCAUCGGCACGGCAAGAAAGAUUACAUCAAGUACGAUAAACCGAUUGCCGAUUCCCAUGGCAAAGAUCACGAAACAACAGCAGGCACAAACAACAAACAGGAACCGUCCCCAUCACAACCAGCAUCCUCAUCAGAGCAGAAUAAAUCAUGA